ACACUUGGACAGACGUCAGACAGGCAUAUGCCAUGAUGGCAUGAUUGUCAAUAAAUAACGGGUGUUUUUUAGUAUUGUAUAUUUGUCGCAUUUAUACCAGAAAUAAAAUAAAAAGGGCAAUAAUUAAACAGUAUUUAUAUAAAUUCAAGUCAUUCCGUUUAAUUCCAUAUGCAAGUACGUAAAAUUAUUCAAACAUGCGAAUUGUGCAGAUAAGAAGAAACCGCUUAUUUCAAUUAUGUGCUUGGCUUUGCUUUGCCACUGUACUAAUUUAUGCAUUUUUAUCUUUCGCUUCGAAAGAUCAUGUUAACUCCAUUAAAGGAUAUUUAAUCAAAGACUCUGUACAGGAACCUGUUUUAGUUGAUGGAUUAGGUAAUUUUGAGCUUAAAAAUGUGGAACCAAGAAGUGGACCAGGGGAAAAUGGAAAAGCGCAUAUUUUAAGGGAGGAUCAACAAAAUGAUGUUCAACAAUCGGAAGCAGAAUAUGGAAUGAAUAUGGUGUGCUCUGAUGAAAUUUCUUUAGAUAGAUCAAUUCCAGAUUCAAGACCUGAUGAAUGCAAGCAUUGGAACUAUCCUAAUAAUUUGCCACGUACAAGUGUGAUUAUUGUUUUUCAUAAUGAAGGUUUUUCAGUUUUAAUGAGAACAGUUCAUAGCGUAAUUAACAGGACCCCACCUCAAUUUUUAGAAGAAGUUCUACUCGUUGACGAUUUUUCUGAUAAAGAAAAUUUGCGAGGAGAAUUGGAGUCUUACAUUGAAAAAUGGGAUGGAAAAGUAAAAUUGAUAAGAAAUCAUGAGAGACAAGGUUUAAUUCGAACCAGAUCACGUGGAGCUCGCGAAGCAACAGGAGAAGUUAUUGUCUUUUUAGAUGCACAUUGUGAAGUUAAUGUCAAUUGGUUACCUCCUUUAUUAGCACCAAUAGCUCUAAACAGUAAUGUUAUGACUGUUCCUGUAAUCGAUGGAGUUGAUCACAAGACUUUUGAAUAUCGUCAAGUUUAUCAUGAAGGACGUCUAUAUAGAGGAAUUUUUGAAUGGGGAAUGUUGUAUAAAGAAAAUGAAUUGCCAAAUAGAGAGGGGAAAACUCGAGCUCACAAUAGUAUGCCAUACAGAUCACCAACACAUGCAGGUGGUCUUUUUGCAAUAAAUCGUAAAUACUUUAUAUCAUUGGGUGGUUACGAUGAGGGAUUACUCGUUUGGGGAGGAGAGAAUUUUGAAUUAUCUUUUAAAAUCUGGCAAUGUGGUGGUAGCAUUUUGUGGGUUCCUUGCUCUCACGUUGGUCAUGUUUAUCGAGGUUUUAUGCCCUACAAUUUUGGCAAACUUGCGCAAAAAAAGAAAGGACCUCUCAUUACAAUUAAUUAUAAAAGAGUUAUUGAAACAUGGUUUGACGAUAAACAUAAGGAAUUUUUUUACACAAGAGAACCUUUAGCGAGAUUAUUGGAUCAUGGUGAUAUAUCUGAACAGCUUCUUUUCAAAAAACGAAAACAAUGCAAAAGUUUCCAAUGGUAUAUGGAUAAUAUUGCUUACGAUGUUCUUGAUAAAUUUCCUGAAUUGCCACCAAAUAUACAUUGGGGCGAGUUAGUGAACGUGGCAACUUCGGCAUGUUUGGACACUAUGGCACAUUCACCCCCAAGUUUAAUGGCAACAUCCUAUUGUCAUGGAUUUGGAAACAAUCAACUUAUGAGACUGAAUGCAAAGGGUCAAUUGGGAGUUGGUGAACGUUGUGUAGAAGCAGAUGAACAGGGUGUAAAAUUAGUAUUUUGUCGACAAGGAACUGUCGAUGGUCCUUGGCAAUAUGAUGAGAAAACAAAAACUCUUUUACAUAGAGUAUACAAAAAAUGUGUUGCACUUCAUCCACAAACUCAUCAAUUAUCAUUAAUGCCCUGUGAUAUUUAUAAUACAUACCAUCAAUGGAGCUUCCAUCAAAUUCAUCCCAAGUGGUGAAAUAACGUAUUUUAAAUAUGUUGAACGCUCAGAACAUAAAAAAUUCCUAAGGUAACUAAAAACAAAAACUGAUGAAAAACUAAUCAAAUUAUUCCAAGAAUAUCAGUUUUAGAUUACUUGGUGAGAAAUUAGGUUUUUAAGUCUGUACAAAUCGAACAAUUCCAUUUUUAGAAACUUUUUUCAAUUAUAGAUACAUUAUUUUUUUAAUGAAAUUAAAAUUCAUUACAUUUUUUAAAAAAAUUUUAAAACGCACAAAUUGGAAUUAUUUCCUAUUUCAUAACUUUCAUUAUGAAGGAAUUAUUGACUGAAUUACAAGAACACUUUCAAUUAAUUAAUGUAAAGUACUUAAAAGAAAUUUGUAAGAUUAAUAUGUUAUAAUAGGUAGAAAAAUGACUAUGAUUCCAGUUAUUUACUUUAUAAUGGUUAGAAUUUACAAAAAAAAAAAAAAUAAGUAGUUGUUUUCCAAUAUUUGUUAAAUAAUUUUAAAUCAUGACAAUAAUAAUGAAUUUAAAUUACAUUUGACUAGUUAUUCAAUGUAAAAUUAGAAUAUAUUCGCUUUCGACCAGCUCAAAGGUAUUGAAACUUUUUAUAAUAUUUAUGUAAAAAAAAUAGGCAUCAAAUGCUUUAUUUAAGGAAAAUAGCUCUUCCUUUCUUUAUUAUAGAAAAUUUUUAAUCAAAUGGGUUUAUUCUACGUAGUUCUAUAGUUUUAUAGAAAGUUUUUUUCUGUAAAAGUUUGUACAAUUACAUAAAGCAUAUUGUUUCUCUUCACUUAUUUCUUCGAAGAAAUUAUUUUCUUCUUCUACACUUAGAAAAAAAAGUAUAAUUAAAUUUGUUACUGUAUUAUCAAGUAUUAUUGAAUACAUAUAUACUUUUAAACAUAA